AUGCAAGAAGAAGAUGAAGAAUUGCCAGCUCCUUCCCAACACGUCCACAAGACUACCAACAUUGCUUCACUUUAUGCGCUACGCGCGGAACUAUUGACCAAAAAGAACCAGGUGAAAUCUAUUGGACUUACACGCAAAACUCUUGAUAUUGGAAAGCACAGCAUACUAACUAUCAGUAAGAAGGAUAAGGAGCUAAAAGAAGAUGGCAAAAAGAGAAGGCUGGCGCGGAUAGAGAAAUUGGCUUCAGAGAUCAGAAAGGAAGAAGAAGAAAGGGAACGGAGGAAGAAAGUUCUUGAGGAAAAGGCCAAGAUUUAUGAGAGACUUACGAGUGGAGAACGCUUAGUAAACGAGGAUGGCCGAGAUGUCGAGUUCUUGGUUAACUUUAACGUGAAGAAACGAGAGAUUGAGGUAAGUAUUACUACUGCAUUGAUUGUAUUUUGUUUAGGAAAGAAGAGAAAAAGAAGAAGAAGACAGAGAACAAAAGAGAAGCAGGUUUGAAGAAGAUGAAAUUGAGGUCCCAGAAAUUGAACCUGAACGAUUAUUUGAUAGGUAUAAUCCAAUGGAAGAACCUGGUAGAUUAUUUGGACCGUCUCAUGCUGUUUUACCUACCGGAGAAGAGGAAAGAACAGAGAAGAUCAAAGAAAUAAAGGAUAUGUCUAAGAAAACUGAGGAGACUAGAGCUAAGAGGAAGAAGAUAUUGACUGAAAAGAAGAGAGCUGAGAAGGAGAAACUCCAGAAAUUCAGAGCCAGAAUGAACCUCUCCCCGCUCCCAUCCACCAGCGAGGAGUCUGAAGAAGAGUAUGAUGUUCCCGGCCCAUCGCUGGCAGACAUUCCACUCCCACCAGAACCUCAAAAAGCUGCACCGGUACCAAAGAAUCAAACAAGUUAUGGAAUAAGGGAGUGGGAUGAAGGGAAAUGGUAUCGGAAAUGGAAAGAAGAUCAGGAGCGGAGAAGAGACGAUGAGUUCGCCCCUCCCAAGUUCUACCGUAGGUAG